AUGUCUAAUUCGCUCAACGAAGCUAUUUUAGCAUCUGCUUUCACAUCUUUGUUAGGUACACAGGUUAUAACUCAAUUCGAUAAGAACUUGAAUUAUUAUAAUAAUUAUCAAACUGUAAAUAUCUUCUCUCUUUAUAAUUCUCAGUUAGUUGGAAGUUUACACAAUAAUGAUCAUCCCUCUUUUAAAUGCGAAACUGGAAAUUCCUCUUCUCAAUUUAAUAUACGUUCUUCAUCUAUGCGAUGUCCUCGUACUUACACGUUAAGAUAUGCCCCGUACAUUCCUCCCGCUACAAGAAUGAACAAUUUGCAAUCAAUUUCAGUACAAACUCCUCAACAAUCACAAAUUCCUCAACCGCAAAUUUCUCAAAUUCAACAAAUUCAGCCGCAAAUUUCUCAAACUCAACAAAUUCCGCAAAUUUCUCAAAUUCAACAAACUCAACCGCAAAUUUCUCAGAUUCAACAAAUUCAGACGCAAAUUUCUCAAACUCAACAAAUUCAGUCGCAAAUUCAUCAAAUUCCUCAAGUAAAACAAAUUCGAACGCAAACUCCUCAAAUUCAACAAAUUUCUAAGCAAUUACAACAUCGAUUUUCUCAACAAUCACCUGUUAUAAAUAUUUAUGUCAAUACAAUAUCUGGACAAAUCAUCACAAUUACCGACGUACCAAUCAUUACACCAAUUUCAGUGAUAAAAUGUCAUAUUGAAAACAAAACCGGGAUCCCAAGGAAUAAACAACAAUUAACAUAUUUAGGAGUCCAUUUGGAGGAUAAUACAUUGUUACAAGAUUAUCAAAUUUUAGUUAAGAAUGUAAUCAUUUAUUUGAUUGGGGAUAAUGGGAAUGUGAUUAAUUUUAUAGAUUCCAAUUUUCUUGAUCCCGCUUAUGAUUAUGAUUUCACAAACAUAAAGGAUGACAAACAGUUUCUGAGAGGAUCACAUUUAUAUCGAAGACCAUGUGGAUGGAAACGUAUAGCCAUUAGAGUAUUAAAUAAGUAUGGAGCCGAUAAUAGUUGGUUAGGUCAAGUCAAAAACAAUUCAUGGCGUUACGAAUCCGAUCCAUCGGAAUGGCCGGUAUCUUAUCAUGGUACCAAUAGAUUUAAUGCUAAAUCGAUCGCUGAAACCGGGUUUGAUAUUAGAAAAGGAAAACGGUUUAUGUUUGGUUAUGGAAUUUAUUCCACACCAGAUAUCAAUGUUGCUUAUUUAUUUGCUAGUAGAUUUAUUCACAAGAAUGAAGUUUAUUGCAUAGUUUUUCAAAAUAGGGUGAAUCCGAGGACUUUAAAAAAGAUCACUACCCAAUAUGGCGAAUAUUGGAUAAGUCCAAAUAGUGAUGAUAUUAGACCUUAUGGUAUUUGUAUAAAAAAACUUGUAAAUAUUCGUAAUUGA